AUGGCUCUGGGACAGGCUGGUCUCCACCGACAGGCCCCGGGCACAAUGUGGGAAGUGCUGGGAGCCUCGAAGGGGAGUCAGCGACGGUGGGAGCUCGUGAUCCGUGUGCUGUGGUGGGCCCCAGGGGAGCGGAGGGGGGGCCCAGGGCUCUGGGGCUUCCAGCCCCGCAAGGAGCCGCCUCCUGGCUCCGAGAAACCAGGUGUUCCCGACUUUGGGCCCGUCCUCUCAGAGAUCUGCGCUUGCGGCUGGAAGUUAAAAGCACUGGCCCCUUGGAGAGAAAGCUCUGGCAAAGCCAGCCAGCUGCUAAAGAAGCAGAGCCCCCCCAUCCCACCGAGGCUCCCGGCCCGCCGAGCCCCCCAGCCUGCUGAGACCCCCCAUCCCACCGAGGCCCCCCAGCCCGCCGAGCCCCCCAGCCUGCUGAGACCCCCCAUCCCACCGAGGCUCCCGGCCCGCCGAGCCCCCCAGCCUGCUGAGACCCCCCAGCCCGCCGAGCCCCCCGGCCUGCUGAGCCCCUGGCCUGCUGACCCCCCGCCAUCCCACCGAGGCCCCCCAGCCCGCCGAGCCCCCCAGCCUGCUGAGCCCCCCCAUCCCACCGAGGCCCCCCAGCCCGCCGAGCCCUCCUGUCCUGCCAAGCCCCCCCAUCCCACCGAGGCCCCCCGGCCCGUCGAGCCCCCCAGCCUACUGACCCCUCCUGUCCAAGCUGUGGCUCUUCCAGGGGCUGGCACGGCUGGGAGGGCCGGGACCCUCACGUGGCAGCCUCGGACAGCUCAGCUGGCACUGGGGGGAGGGGGCGGGGGCGGAGUCGGGCUUUUGAAGGUCCAUAAACUGGACCAACUGGCUGGAGCAGGAGGAACAAUCCCAGUGCCGGCGGGUGGGGCGUCAGGCCCGGAGCAGCGGUCCCAGGGGUGCCCUCGAGGCCGCGGCGUAGUGCCUGGGGGCCGACAAAGGCGGCCAAAGCUGGCAGCAGGGCGGCUGACCCCCAAGCCGGGCACCGGAGGGCCCUGGGGGCCACCGCGGAGCUGCCUGGACGGGAGCCCCUGGGGGCCUUCUCUUCCCUCCUGGGACCCCAAAACGCGCUUCUCUCGGGCCCGACGGCCCCGCGGGGGCCGGCCACCCCUAGAGUCCCCGCUCCCUCCUCCCCUGCCAGGAGGCGGGCUCCGAAGCCAGGCCUUGGCAGCUGCUGUGCGCGUGGGCUUCUGCUCUCCGCCGGACAUACCAAAUCCCCGCUUUGGGGAGCGGGCAGGCGCACAUCCACUGAAUGGAAGCGUUCCCUGUGUGACCCUGCUCGAGUCACUUAACCUCUGCUCGCUCAAGUGGGCCAACCCUCAGACCCCAGCCUGCUCCCCUCUCAACUCGGGGGACUAA